UAGUUACUGACUACCAAAUAUUGCAAUUUGCAAACGAUCACUGAAAGGCAGCUUACCUGGAGGUCAUGACACUGGCAAAGGAAGCAGGCACUUGGGUUCGAGCAAAGCCCUGGUUAGGUAAUCUGGAUGAUCUUGUAAAUGUGUUCCGAACUCCACCUCUUCCUGGAAAAAAGAUAGAAUUCUCUGCUGCAACUGCAGUCAUUCCAGAUAUCCCAGCAUCUGAGAUGGUCGCUAUCAUGAUGCAUGUGGUGCAUGCAGAGAUUCAACUACCAUCAACAUUGGUGCCGACUAGAUAUUUCGAAUUUUUGCUCUAUGUUAAAGAGAUAAUGGAUGGUGUUUACAUAAUUGUUGAUUUCACAAGCCAUUAUGUUGGUCAUCCUCAUGCAAAGUGUAAUAGUGAAAAGAGACCAUCAGCGGUAAUAAUCAGGGAACAUGGACCUAAAGAUUCUGAGAUUAUAUGGAUUGAGAAUGUGGAAGUGGAGGAAAUCAGAGAAAACUUGUACUCAAUAAUCAUUUCCCACUUGGCAUACUGUGCACAUCGUUGGAUAAGCACACUAUUAUGGAAGCUGAAGCGUGACAAGAGCUCUUUUGCUGAUAUCAAAAUUGAUGUGCAUCCCAGACUGUUUCUUUUCUCUUGGCUUUAACCCAACCCAUGAAGCGUUUCUUUAUGGAGUGUGUUUCUCAGCAUCCCGAUAAAGCUGUACUUACUGUAACAACUAGUGAU